AUGACUACCCCCAGUGUUCUUACCUUUGACAUUGAGGUCUGGGUCGAUGAUCUCCAGCUGUUCCUCCAGUGCGAUAGGGCAGACGGCCUCUCUCUGUUCGACCUCACCUCUUGUGCCUCCCCUUCCCCGCCUGCUACUGCUGACAGCAAUGUUCGCUCACAGUGGGCGACACGCGAUGCUGCUACCCGUCUUGCUGUGCGUCGCCACUUACCGACCACUGAGCGUGUGCACUUUAGCCAGGACCACUUCCUUUCAGUUUGCCCCACCACUCUCACCGUUGACCUCCUCGAGGAGCACCUCCUAGUAGCAGAGAAGAGCAUAGUAGCUGUAGGAGCCUCUCGUGGUGACCCUCGCACCCCCGUCUUUGAGGGGUGUUCCCCCUCCCCCCUCUUGCCCUCUGUUGCUUCUAUUGUUGCUGCUGACCUCGUUGGUUUCUACGGGGUCGGCGCUGCGUCUGCCCCUAGCGGGAGACGCCGCACUGGCAAGGGCAAGGGGGGCAAGGGAACUGGAGGGGCUAGCGGAGGCGGUGGAGGUGGUGGUGGAGGCAGUGGAGGGAGUGGGGGUGGUGGUGGGAGUGGUGGCGGGGGUGACGGCGGCGGUGGCAGCAGUGGAGGCGGAGGAGGCGGCGGUGGUGGCAGAGGGAGCGGAGGCGGCGGAGGUGGCGGAGGAGGCGGAGGUGGCGGAGGCGGCGGAGGCGGCGGCGGUGGAGCGGGUCACGACUCUGCGCAGAGGAGUGGGUCCGGUGGUGGUCCGCGCCAGCAGCAGCAGCGCGGUCAUGAGACCCUGUCCCCUCAGCAGCUUCGUGAGUGGUACGCUGCGCGUCAGCGCGGUGGGGGUACUGGUCUUUGCACUUACGUCCUCCGUACCGGCGACCGCGCUGGUGAGCAGUGCGGGGGCCCGCACUCCACCCAGCGCUGCUUCGGCCGCUUGACGGACGCGUGGCGUCACCAGUUCCCUGAGGCGUCAGAGAUCCCUCGCUGGGGAGAUCUGUCUAGGGCGGGGGUUGCCAUCUUUGAUCUUGACUAUGAUGCUAUCCUUGCUGCCAUGUAUGGUGUGACUACUAGUGUUGAGUGUGACUGUUACCUGUGUGUACCGCCUGACCCGGGGAUUGAGGCCAUUGCGCUAGGUAAUGGUAAGGCUGCUGCUCUAGGUGCUAGUGCGCCUGCUGCCCUAGGUGCUAGUGCGUCUGCUGCCCCAGGUGCUGGUGAGUCUGCUCUCUCAGGUACUAUGUCGGCUCAGGCCUUACACACCUUCACCCUUGACUCGGGUGCGUCCCGCUCCUUCUUUCGAGACCGCACCACGCUUACGCCGCUUAGUCGGCCGGUUGCAGUCUCCCUGGCGGACCCCUCUGGGGGUCCUGUCCUUGCUAGCUUCUCAACUAUCUUACUGUGCCCGGCAGCCCCCUCUGGUACCCUGUCAGGUCUCUACCUCCCCUUGUUCUCUACGAACUUGGUGGAGGAUGUUUCUCUCGAUUUUUAUCCAAUCUAG